AACAUGUGACUCGCUCCCAAUAUGACACCGUACCAUUCCAUUGUCUAUAUAAACCCCCUCCACAAACCUUCCUUAUGCACCAAACCCAACUCAGCAAAACUGAUCUCUUCCUCCACCAAGCUUAACCAUCUUUGUGUCAUGGCUCCACCAAGCUUAACCAGUAACCCCAUAGACGACGUGAUCCCCUUGCUGGACGCGCCCUCAUCCGAUCUCUCAAUCGCCUUGAAGGGCUCGGAAUUUGUUGCCAAUGGCCACCCAUUUCUAACCCAUGUUCCUUCAAAUAUCACAGCCACUCCUUCCCAGCUCAUCUUCUCCCAUAAGACCACAAUUCCCAAAUCCCUCCUCGGCGGCUGUUUUCUCGGCUUCGAUGCGGCUGAGCCCAAAAGCUGCCAUCUUGUUCCCAUCGGCAACCUCCGAGGUAUAAGAUUUUCAAGUAUCUUCAGAUUCAAAGUCUGGUGGACCACCCACUGGGUCGGCAGUUGCGGCGGCGACAUCCAGCACGAGACACAGAUGAUGAUUCUCGACACAAAUGAUCAGGGCCGUCCAUUUGUCCUCUUCCUUCCCAUCUUAGAAGGAGCUUUCAGAUGUUCCCUACGUCCUGGUGGUGACGACAAUGUCGCGAUGUGGGUUGAAAGUGGGUCCACCACCGUCCAAGCGUCGCAGUUUAGAAGCUGCUUAUACAUGCAAGUCGGCAAAGAUCCGUACACUUUGGUCAACGAGGGUAUGAACGUGGUCAAACUCCAUUUGGGUACCUUCAAACUUCUAGAUGACAAGACCCCACCUCGCAUCGUGGAUAAAUUCGGGUGGUGUACGUGGGAUGCAUUCUAUCUUAAGGUGAAUCCUCACGGGGUUUGGACAGGUGUCAAAUGCCUAGUGGACGGUGGUUGCCCUCCGGGGAUGAUUCUGAUUGAUGACGGGUGGCAAUCUAUUGCUCAUGAUGCGGAUUCCAUCGCUGAUCCUCAUCAGGAAGCCAUGGAUCUAACGGUUGCAGGGGAACAGAUGCCUUGCAGGCUAAUCAAAUAUGAAGAGAAUUAUAAGUUCAGGGACUAUGGAAGCCGUGGGAAGGGGUCUGGUGUAGGGCUGGGUGCCUUUGUGAGGGACCUGAAGGAGGAGUUUAGGACAAUCGAGCAUGUGUAUGUAUGGCAUGCUCUUUGUGGGUAUUGGGGUGGGAUUAGACCCAAUGUCCCCGGAAUGCCCCUGUCGAGGGUCAUCAGUCCUAAUCCGUCAAAGGGCUUAGAGAUGACGAUGGAGGAUUUGGCUGUGGACAAGAUCGUCAAUAAUGGCGUUGGAUUCGUCCCGCCGGAGCUGGCCCACGAAAUGUACGAUGGACUCCAUUCCCACCUCCAGUCGGCGGGUAUCGACGGCGUCAAGGUUGAUGUUAUUCACUUGCUUGAAAUGCUAUCCGAGGAAUUUGGAGGCCGAAUCGAGCUAGCCAAAGCUUAUUACAAGGCACUCACUGCGUCUAUCAAUAAACAUUUACAAGGAAAUGGGGUUAUUGCAAGCAUGGAGCAAUGCAAUGACUUCAUGUACCUUGGAACCGAGGCCAUAGCGCUUGGACGUGUUGGAGAUGAUUUCUGGACGGUGGAUGCCUCUGGAGAUCCAUAUUGGCUACAAGGGUGUCACAUGGUGCACUGUGCCUACAAUAGCCUGUGGAUGGGCAAUAUAAUUCACCCAGAUUGGGACAUGUUCCAAUCCACCCACCCUUGUGCAGAAUUCCACGCGGCUUCAAGGGCCAUCUCCGGUGGACCAAUCUAUGUAAGUGACUCGGUCGGUAAACAUAACUUCAAGUUACUCAAAAGGUUAGUUUUGCCUGAUGGGUCAAUACUGCGUUGCCAACACUAUGCCCUUCCUUCCAGAGACUGUCUGUUUGAAGACCCUCUUCAGGAUGGCAAAACCAUGCUCAAAAUUUGGAACCUCAAUCAAUUCACAGGCGCAUUGGGUCUGUUUAAUUGCCAAGGAGGAGGGUGGUGUCCGAAGACAAGGCAAAACAGAAGGACCUCCGAGUACGCACGCACACUAACCUGCGUGGCUGGUCCGAAAGAUAUCGAGUGGAACAAUGGGAAAAACCCCAUUUCUCUGAAGGGAGUACACUUGUUUGCGAUAUACAUGAUCCAGGAGAAGAAACUAAGGCUAUUGAAGACAUCGGAGAAUUUAGAAUUUACCAUCGCUCCAUUAAGCUACGAAUUGCUUGUAGUUUCCCCUGUGACAGUUUUAUCGAAACCAUACGUGGAAUUUGCUCCAAUCGGGCUGGUGAACAUGCUGAAUUGUGGGGGCGCGAUACAAUCCCUAGAAAUCGAAGAAAAUGAAGGUUUGGUAAGAGUCGGAGCCAGGGGGUACGGGGAGAUGAGAGUGUUCGCUUCGAAGGAGCCAAGAAGCUGCAAAAUUGACGGAGAAGAUGUAGAGUUUGAAUAUGAUGAUAAAAUGGUGAAGAUUCAGGUCACAUGGCCGAUCUCUUCAAGAUUGUCCAUAAUUGAGUAUCAAUUUUGAGCUUCGCAGAA